CACACUCAGACACACACCAGUGGCGACAGGGGAGAGUUGGAAAGACGCAGGAGAGAAGCAGGAGGCAGGAGGCAGCCGGGAGGGAGCAAUGGGAGCGGGAAGCAGCCAGGUUCCCUCGCAGAUCCCCCUCCGGCCCCACGUCGCCUCGUCGGCCCCGAUAGGGGAGCGAGGAGCCGGGCGAGCAGAUGGAGUGAAGCUCGCUCCAGGCAGCGGGCUUGGCCGGAGCAUGGAGGAGCCGCCAAGCGACCGGCUGAUUGGAAGAGAAACGCAGAGCGAUGGAGGCGGGGGUAGGAGGACGAUUUCUCUGCGGGGACUGGCGGCGGCGUACACGCCCGGGUCGGGCGCUGCAGAGCUUGGCUAGCUUUCAACCCGCGCUCGCCGGCUCCAGCCCCGCGAGCCCCCACCCCCAGCCCUCCCGACAGCUCCGCAGGGUGAGGUGGCUUUGAACCCGGAUUGCCCGGCCAGCGUGACCAAGGAGGUGGCUGGAGGUGGCCGGACGGCUGGAGAAUGAACGGAGAAGCAGACUGCCCCACAGACCUGGAAAUGGCCGCCCCCAAGGGCCAAGACCGCUGGUCUCAGGAAGACAUGCUGACUUUGCUAGAAUGCAUGAAGAACAACCUUCCAUCCAAUGACAGUUCCAAGUUCAAAACCACUGAGUCACAUAUGGAUUGGGAAAAAGUAGCAUUUAAAGACUUUUCUGGAGACAUGUGCAAGCUCAAAUGGGUGGAGAUUUCUAACGAGGUGAGAAAGUUCCGUACAUUGACAGAACUGAUCCUCGAUGCUCAGGAACAUGUUAAAAACCCUUACAAAGGCAAAAAACUCAAGAAACACCCCGACUUCCCAAAGAAGCCCCUGACCCCUUAUUUCCGCUUCUUCAUGGAAAAGCGGGCCAAGUAUGCUAAACUUCACCCUGAGAUGAGCAACCUGGACCUGACCAAGAUUCUGUCCAAGAAAUACAAGGAACUGCCCGAGAAGAAGAAGAUGAAGUAUAUUCAGGACUUCCAGAGGGAGAAACAGGAGUUCGAGCGAAACCUGGCCCGAUUCAGGGAGGAUCACCCUGACUUAAUCCAGAAUGCCAAGAAGUCGGACAUCCCCGAGAAGCCCAAAACCCCCCAGCAGCUGUGGUACACCCACGAGAAGAAAGUGUAUCUCAAAGUUCGGCCAGAUGCCACUACGAAGGAGGUGAAGGACUCCCUGGGGAAGCAGUGGUCUCAGCUCUCGGACAAAAAGAGGCUGAAAUGGAUUCAUAAGGCCCUGGAGCAGCGGAAGGAGUACGAGGAGAUUAUGCGUGACUAUAUCCAGAAGCACCCCGAGCUGAACAUCAGUGAGGAGGGCAUCACCAAGUCCACCCUCACCAAGGCUGAACGCCAGCUCAAGGACAAAUUUGAUGGGCGACCUACCAAGCCACCUCCGAACAGCUACUCGCUGUACUGCGCAGAGCUGAUGGCCAACAUGAAGGACGUGCCCAGCACAGAGCGCAUGGUGCUAUGCAGCCAGCAGUGGAAGCUGCUCUCCCAGAAGGAGAAGGAUGCCUACCACAAGAAGUGCGACCAGAAAAAGAAAGACUACGAGGUGGAACUGCUCCGUUUUCUAGAGAGCCUGCCAGAGGAGGAGCAGCAGCGGGUCCUGGGGGAAGAAAAGAUGUUGAACAUCAACAAGAAGCAAACCACCAGCCCAGCCUCCAAGAAGCCCUCCCAGGAAGGGGGCAAGGGCAGCUCAGAGAAGCCCAAGAGGCCAGUGUCAGCCAUGUUCAUCUUCUCCGAGGAGAAGCGGCGGCAGCUGCAGGAGGAGCGGCCGGAGCUCUCAGAGAGCGAGCUGACGCGCCUGCUGGCCCGCAUGUGGAACGACUUAUCCGAGAAGAAGAAGGCCAAAUACAAGGCCCGGGAAGCAGCGCUGAAGGCCCAGUCUGAGAGGAAGCCGGCUGGGGAGCGCGAGGAAAGGGGCAAACUGCCGGAGUCACCCAAGAGAGCCGAGGAGAUCUGGCAACAGAGCGUCAUCGGGGACUACCUGGCCCGCUUCAAGAAUGAUCGGGUGAAGGCCUUGAAAGCCAUGGAGAUGACCUGGAACAACAUGGAAAAGAAGGAGAAACUGAUGUGGAUUAAGAAGGCGGCUGAAGACCAAAAGCGAUACGAGAGAGAGCUGAGUGAGAUGAGGGCGCCCCCAGCUGCUGCAAACUCAUCCAAGAAGAUGAAGUUCCAGGGAGAACCCAAGAAGCCUCCCAUGAACGGUUACCAGAAGUUCUCCCAGGAGCUGCUGUCCAACGGGGAGCUGAACCACCUGCCCCUGAAGGAGCGCAUGGUGGAGAUUGGCAGCCGCUGGCAGCGCAUCUCCCAGAGCCAGAAGGAGCACUACAAAAAGCUGGCUGAGGAGCAGCAGAAGCAGUACAAAGUGCACCUGGACCUCUGGGUCAAGAGUCUGUCUCCCCAAGACCGUGCAGCAUAUAAAGAGUACAUCUCCAAUAAACGUAAGAGCAUGACCAAGCUGCGAGGCCCGAACCCCAAGUCCAGCCGGACUACCCUACAGUCCAAAUCUGAGUCUGAGGAGGAUGAGGAUGAAGACGAGGAUGAGGACGACGAGGAUGAAGAGGAAGAAGAUGAUGAGAAUGGGGACUCCUCUGAGGAUGGCGGGGACUCCUCAGAGUCCAGCAGCGAGGAUGAGAGCGAGGACGGGGAUGAGAAUGAGGAGGAUGAUGAGGAUGAAGAUGACGACGAGGAUGAUGACGAGGAUGAAGACAACGAGUCUGAGGGUAGCAGCUCCAGCUCUUCCUCCUCAGGGGACUCUUCGGACUCUGACUCCAACUGAGGCUCAGCCCCACCUGGGGCUCCCCUCUCCAACUGACCGCCUUUGUUUUCCCCCCUUGUUCUGUCCCCUGCCCCUGGCCUCCCCCACUUUCUUUCUUUCUUUCUUUUUUAAACAAAAUAUGGUGGGGGGAGGGGCUGGAGGAGCCCAGGCCAGGACUCUGCAGCCUCAGAGACAUCAGCCCUGGGGACUCUCCAGGGAGGGCAACCAUCAGACUGAGCCACCACUGGACUGGACCGUCCCACCACUCUUCUGCACUUGCGGUUCCGGCAUGGACAAUGGACCUGGGAGUGGGGUGGGGGGGGUCCCAAAGAGUUCAGUGAGGACCUCUAUACCUGCAGCCCAACUUAAGGGGGGGCGGGGUGGAAGCUUGGGAAGGACCGCUCCCUUCCCAGAGGGGCUUGCUGCCUGGACCCCCUACGUUGGAACUGGAGGCAGGGAAUGUGGAGAGAGGAGGGCACGUGCCUGUGAGAAAAUAGGCCCUGCCCCAUUGCCCUCUCCCCUGCCCCCUGCAGGAAGGAGCUACCUGGACCCACUCUUGGGGGGAGGGGGCAGAGGUGUUUUUUAUAUAUGUGUAUAUAUUUUUUUUUAAGCUCUGAGCUGUCAACGAGACGUUUCCUACCGA